CGUUGGGGCGGGGCGGCAGCGGCAGCCAUGGCGGCGGCCGUGCUUCCGCAGACGGACAGUAUUCGCAGGGCCGUUCUGCUGCUCAACGCCGUGGAUUCGGGUCGGUUCCCGCGCCUGCUGUCCCGUCUGCUGCAGAGAUUGCAUCUGAAGGCUGAAACCAGCUUCAGUGAAGAGGAGGAAGAAAAACUCCAGAUAGCUUUUUCACUGGAAAAGCAAGAUCUUCAUCUAGUUCUUGAAGCCAUAUCAUUUAUUUUGGAGCAAGCUGUUUAUCACAAUUUGAAGCCUGCUUCACUGCAACAACAGCUGCAGAGCAUCCACCUGGACCAAGACAAAGCUGAGGCAUUCGCUAGUGCAUGGGCAGCUGCGGGUCAAGAGACAAUUGAGAAGUUCAGACAGAGGAUUUUGACCCCUCAGAAGCUUGAAACAGUUGGUUGGCAGCUUAAUCUUCAAAUGUCUGCAUCCACGCAAGCGAAGCUGAAAUCUCCUCGAGCUGUGCUGGAGCUGGGUGUGAGCAAUGAAGACUCAAAGAACCUGAAGAAAUUGUUUGUGGAGUUUAGUCAUCAGGAGCUGUUCGAGUUCUAUAACAAGCUGGAAACCAUACAAGCACAGCUGGAUUCCCUUACAUGAUGUUUUUGAAGACUUAUUUCUCAGCCACACUCAUGCCACCUCAUUAUUUUGAAUUGAAGAUAGAUUGCCAAGCUGUGUUUACUGAAGGAUUCAGUGGGUUGCUUCCUGUAAAAUUAUAUGGCUUAUCUCCUCUUAAAGCAGUAACAUUAGCCAAGAUAAAUCAUUGUUAAGAGCCUGAAGAUUGUAAUGGACAUUCUCUUAUUUUCUGAGCAAUUAUUAGAAGUGGAUUUAUUUACAGAGAAAAGAAGAGAAUGCUACCCUAUCUCAGAUUUUUGCUGUUGUUCGUUAUUUGGUUAGUUAUUCUUUUUCUCUCUUAGGUGUGAUACUUGAUAAUGAAUAAAAUCUAUUUUUUACACAUAAAAACAAUAUAAGACUUUGGUAAUAAUGUUAGUAAGAAAAUAUAGUAAGAAAAUGCACAGCUGAUGAAACCUCUGUCCUUUUGAAUUGUUAUUCUCACGAUAAGUAAUGCUUGCUGCAAAUUUGUCAAAAUAAAUUCUAAAUUUACGAAUGGA